CUUGCUCUCUAUAAAUAUAUAUAUAUAUACACUUAUUUAUCAGAUUAUUAUAACCCCCCUCCCCUCAACCUCUUUGAAUUGAUCUGUCAUCGGCCGCCGUCGAUUUGGAAUAAAAAGUUCAAAGCUCGCCUUCCUUCCUCGCCGGCCGAAAGAUGCCCUAUCCGUCACAGACCUUGGAGCCUCUCGGUUCUACACUGCUCCCCGGUUUGGACAAGUGCGGCAACCUUUUCAAUGGCAUAAGACCGCAUCCUUCAUGGCGAAGGCUAAAGCCAUCAUCGUCGUGGGCGUUGUCGCAGAGGCCGCUGUCCGCAGUAGCAUUAGAUCAGUCAUACUCGAAUCCGAAGAAUCUUCCGGCCAUCCGUCCGAUUCUGAAGAAGAAACAUUCCGAAAAGGCCUCAGCGAUCGCCCCGGAGAAACUGGACGAGUGGAUGAACGAAUCUAUUUGUGAGAUAGUGAAGAGCAUAGGAGAAGCACCAUCCUUGUUUCACAUAUUCUCGGGAGCGGCAGCGGGAGCGGGGGAUGGAGACCGAGCAGCUGGGUCGUCGACAUCACCUUCUCCAUCAUCAUCCUCAUUGAGGCUGGAGAGAGAACCUGCAUUGGCGGAUAAGUGGCCGCACAUCACAAGGGGAUGGGAUGAAGGGAAGCCUAUCCCUGAUGGGAUCCUUCUUGUGGAGGCAAUCGAGGCAGGAGACAUGGAAGUACGGCAGGAUGGAGCUAAUGGUAUCAGGACUUGGGGCCUUCUGAUCCAAGGCCGAGGGAUGGAUUGUGCCUCCUGCUACCUCCUCAAAACAUGUCGGGUUCAAGGCCCGGCUGGUUUUUGUACCCACUUCAAUUUGAUCAAGGCCCAAUGCUUUGGUGAUCCUGCGGAAGUGCAGUUCAAGAAAGCAUGGCUAGUAGGUUGAACUUUUAUUAAUGCUCUUCCAUGGCUCUCAUAAGCCCUCUCGGUUAUGUCAUUUCAUUAUUUUUAUUAUUAUAUUUUCUUUGGGACAUAGCUUAUUUCCCUUGCAAAGUGUACAUCAUAUAGUGAUUGUGUUUUAUUUUUCUCAACCA